UGUAUUUUUAUUUUGGAUUCUCAUCUGUACAAAGUCCAAUUGCUGAUAGCCUGAUUGCAGUUAAUUAACUGGUUAAUCCAACGUAUCGUUGAUCCGAUAACCAGCGGCUUAUCGGGGCCCAUCGAGGCACGCGCCUGCAACCGCGCAGACCAUGCAGAAUGCAGGCGAGUCUGUCUCAACAGCUGGCAGUACGAACACCACAGCUGACAAGUACAAGGGAAUUCGCAGUGCCAUGCAGAAACUGGACUACUCCGUCUCCGCCAUGGACGGCCCCACGGUGAAACGGUCCACCUCGGUGACGUUCGAGGGGGAGGGCAGCGGGAAGCAUGAGACAGAGACGGACAGUUUGUACGAGAUGCUGCAGCAGCUGGAUCUGGACAAGAAGGAUGUGCUCUUCCUGGGACGCGUCGCUGAAUACCAGUGGUUCACGUGGCUGUUGCGUAAGGUGCGCUCGCUGGAGAUCGUGAAAACCGAUGGCCCGCAGGGAUCGCGUGAACGCCGCAACAGCAGCACGAGCCUGAAGGGCGGCAGCUCCGAGGGCGGCCGGGAACGACAGCGGUCCGGCUCCGGCUCAUCGGAGGUCUGCCCUAUCAGCAGCGCGUCGAAGCGCACGCCCGACAGCAAGGAUGUGCUGGUGAUGAACUGCACCGGCAACACAACCACCUGGACACAACUGGAGGAGUUGCUGACCAGUGCGCUGCGCACCCUACGCCCCGGCGGCUUCCUGCUGGCCCGCGAAUGCCUGGCCUCUCCCUCCGAUGCAGACGGUCAACGCGUGAAUUACAACGAUCCCGCCGAAACGUACGCCUUAAUCCGUGAUUUAUCCUUCGUGGCGGAAGACACGCAACGUUACGGCUUCAAGCUAGCCUACGCCGUUUCGCCGGAUCCGCAAAAAACGAAGAAACGCACGGAAAUGUGCUGGUUACUGGAGAAAGUGCCGUGCGUCGCCAGCGGGAUGGAGUUCGGGAAGUUCCUGGACGAAGUGCAGUACUCGCGCAAGGGCAUUUCGAAGUACGAGGCCAUCUUUGGGGAUGGCUUCGUCAGCACGGGCGGCCAGCGGACCACCAGCGAGUUCUGCCAGAUGCUGGGGCUGCAGCGCGGCCAACACGUGCUGGACGUCGGCGCCGGGAUCGCCGGCAGCGCCUUCCACAUGGCCAAGGAAUACGGCGUGCAUGUGACGGGCGUGGAUCUGUCGUCCAACAUGUUCUCCAUCGCCGUGGAGCGGCGCGGCGAAGCGGCGCUGUCCGCCGGCAGCGUCGAUCUGGAGAUUGCCGACAUCCUGACGCGGGAGUAUGCCGCCGAGAGCUUCGAUCUCAUCUACAGCCGCGAUGUCAUCCUCCAUAUUGCCGACAAGCGCCGCUUAUUCCAACAGAUGUUUAAGUGGCUGAAACCCGGCGGGAAACUGCUGAUUACCGACUACUGCUGCGGCGAUAAGACGCAUUCCAGCGAUUUCCAGACCUAUGUCCAGCAGCGCGGAUAUAUCCUGCUGACCGUCGCCCAGUACGGCCAGUUGCUGGAGGAAGUGGGUUUCGUACGCGUGAAAGCCGACGACCGGACGCAGCAGUUCAUCAGUGUGCUGCACAAUGAACUGCGCAAAUUUGAGCCGCUGGAAACGGAGUUUGUGGAGCAGUUCUCCCGCGAGGACUACGAGGAGAUCGUCAGCGGCUGGAACGCCAAGGUGGGCCGCUGUCAUGCCGGCGAUCAGGCCUGGGGACUGUUUAUUGCCGAAAAAGAUGCCUGAUUUUUCAGUGGUAUUAUUAGUGUGCCGGUGUGUAUGGUUGGUUUGACGCUCGUUAAUUUUUAAUUUUUUUUGGCGUGGUAUUGGUGUGAAUGACAGUGAUUCACCGAUGUUGCUGGGCAGUGGGCACUGGGCAGAUGAGAUAAAUAAUAAAAAAUAAA